AGGACAUUUAUCAACAGUAUUUUGUUGGUUGUGAUAAGCAACAACAAGGAUGUUCAACAUGAUGAAUCCCAUAGAACUGAAUGCAGUGGUACAGAUACUGAAGUACAUGGCCAUAGCUUUUGUACCAACAAGAAAACCAAAAGAGCAAGACCCCAACAAUGUGAAAAUAGAUCUUAAGACAAGUAAAGAGUUACAUGAAGCAACUUUGUGUACCAAUUCAGGCAAACCAGAAAAACCAACAUAUGAAUUCAAAAUGCUCCGACGUAAGUGGGCACAAGAACAACAACAAUUGGGGUUGCUAAUGGCAACUAUGGAGCCACAAGAAGGGAUCAUCUCAAAGUAUGCUCAAUGACAGCUACUACAUCAAUCAAUUGUAAAAAUAAAACAUUGCUAAAAAUCAAAUAGAUAGACCUUAAUAUUUGAACAUACAUGUAUUCUUAUACUUGUUCAAACAUAAAAUGGAUACUAUAGUAGCACUGAACCAUCAAGUCAUAUGAAUGUGUACAUUUUGUUUGAUUUGGUUAUUCUAAAGAAUUUAGCUGAAUUGAUGCAAACUUAUUACCUGAAAGCGUCCAAUGGUUGCCUGAAGGGUUUGCGGAAAAUGCUCUUGAUAGACAUACAGGCAGCUAGAAAUAUAUAGAAAAUUAUAAUCAUUAAAUGUUAUUGUUAAUAGUAGGAUAAAUCUUCAUACCUUUAAAAGUUGUG